AUGAAUUUCCUUAUUGCACUAUUGUGCUGUAUUAUGUUGGGGUUUUCCUAUGACUUUCAUAUUAACACUCACUAUAAUGGCACUAAAAUAUGUAAAUUUGAAACUAAAAAUCUUAUUUUGGCCGCUUAUGAAACUCCAGAAAAGUACGAUAUCAACAGCCCAAGAGAGGAAUUCUUCAGUAACUUCGCUGUAAACGAUGCUUUGAAGAUUUCCAGCAUUCCGAUGGCAAACCCAGUUGGAGUUGCUGCCGAAGCUCCAGUGUCGGUCUUGGAAGGAGGAUUCUUUGGAUAA